AUGGCUGAAUAUAAGGAAAACGAUGUUGGAACAUCGGAAACGGCUGACGAAUUCAGUCAUAAUGGUGUGCAGGAAUCAAAAAAUAGAUCCUUAACAUUAGCCAGCCAUCUACUUUUCACCGAGACGAACAAGCUAAACGUGUUGGACGGGGAUUUCGGAGCUGAGCUACGUCGCCAUUUCGAACACGCUGGGAAAUUUGGGAAAGCUUUCAUGUUACACGCCCUCAAAGUCGAUACGCUCGCUGUGUACCAAACUCACCUGGCUUAUCUGCGUGCCGGCGCCCGGAUAAUAAGGACCAAUACAUAUCAAGCUUCCAAGGAUGACUUUAUGACGUACAUAGGUUUCGAUGAUCGCGAGUAUUCAUCGAUGGUACGUGGAGCCGCGGUGUUGGCGAAGAAAGCCGUGAAAACGUACGGCGAGGAGAUGGGAUACGAUCCAAAUUCCGAGGUAUAUCAACUGCGCCGACCCUUAGUAGCUGGCUCCUGCGGCAGUUACCUGCUUUCGCUUCUCGAUAAUAUACCUAAUAAAUGGUACAUAUCUGUGGAAGUCCUGCGUGAGCUAUCGGAAAGCGAACUGUUGCGGUUUCAUGGAUAUCGUGUGCAAGAGUUAUUGGCGGCGAAAGUCGAUCUGUUGGCAUUCGAGUCUGUACCUACUGUGAAUGAGGUUCGUGCUGUAUUGAAAUUGCUCCGGAAUUACCAGACAACUCGCGCCUGGAUCUCGCUCUUAUGUUCGGUAGAUGCGAAACUAAUGGACGGCACGGACUUUGAAGUCGCAGCUGCGAUGUGUUACAAUUACCUGCCCAACCAAAUUAUCGCGGUCGGCGCCGAAUGCAUCGAUCCAACAGUAACGAUAUCCGUUAUGCGGAUGCUCAACGAAACCAGGAAAUCUAAGAUUCCGUUCCUGUUAUACGCUGACAAACGUCAUUUCUCUAUUACGGAAGGCGCCGGUGGACCUAACGCAACCCUUUCGCAGAAUUAUCUACAGCAAUUGCGGGACGCCGGAAUAUGCUACGUCGGGGGUGGUCUGGACACUGUCGCGGAGGACAUGAAAAAGAUCUGCGAACAAGCGGCAAAUCUCCACGGAUCCAAGGCCAAAUCAUCCAAAUGA